AUGGGAUCGCGCCAUUUCCCAGCUCGCACUGUGCUGUUCGAGAGGGAGCUGAGCGGAGUGACUUACCGCAUCCCAGCACUGCUCUACAUCCCCUGCAUGGCGAAGCUGUUGGCCUUUGCUGAGGAGAGGCUGAGUAUUGAUGAUGCGCAUGCAAACCUGCUGGUGCUAAGACGAGGGACCUUCUACAGGAACUACGUGGAGUGGGAAGACAUGAGAGCACUGGAGACUGCAACCUUGAAACACCAUCGGUCCAUGAAUCCCUGUCCUGUCUAUGAUGAAUUCACAGGCAUUGUCUUCCUCUUCUUCACUGCUGUGCUGGGCAAGACUCCCGAGGCCUAUCAGAUCGUCACAGGCCAGAAUGUCGCCCGCCUCUGCUACGUGUCCAGUUCCGACCAGGGGCGGAGCUGGAGCAACGUUACUGAUCUGACACAGCAGGUCAUUGGCAGGUCCAUCACAGAUUGGGCCACUUUUGCUCUAGGCCCUGGACAUGGAAUUCAGCUCAAGUCAGGACGACUGCUGGUUCCAGCCUACACUUACCACAUCGAUUGCAAGGAGUGCUUUGGAAAGCUCUGCAAGACAACCCCUCACUCCUUCACCUUCUACAGCGAUGACCACGGCCAGAGAUGGCGCUUUGGCGAGUUCAUCCCCAACCUGCCCACUGUGGAAUGUCAGAUGGUCUCUGUGGAUGAGGAGGAUGGCAGCAAUGUCCUCUACUGCAAUGCCAGGAGCCCCUUGGGCUUCAGAGUGCAGGCACUGAGCACGGAUGAUGGAGCAGUUUUCCACUUGGGACAGCUUGUUCAGCGGCUUGUAGAGCCCCCCCAUGGCUGUCAUGGCAGUAUCAUUGGCUUCCCAGCCCCUCUCUUCUAUGGGCAGCCUGAACCAGGAGCUGCUUCCAAAUCCACUUUCCUCUUCCAGACCCCAACAUGGGUGCUCUAUUCCCAUCCAACAAGCUCCAGGUCUCGAGUCAACAUGGGCGUCUAUCUCAGUACGUUCCCCAGGGAUGCAGAUAGCUGGACAGAGCCCUGGGUUAUUUAUGAAGGCCCCAGCGCCUACUCAGAUCUGACCUACAUUGAACUGACCUACUCUGAGUUCUCAGCCACUGGGAUCCCAGCCAUAGCCUUUGCUUGCCUGUAUGAAAAUGGGACGAGGUCACCCUAUGAGCAGAUCUCCUUCAGCAUGUUCACGCUGUAUGAUGUGAUUCAGAACAUCCCCAUGAAUGCCACUUCACCAGACCCAAAGCGCCACUUGUAUAAGAAAAAAAGGGGGAGGAGUUGUGUCGCCUCCUAA